AUGAGCGGAGCGGGGCCGGGGCCGGGGGCGGGCUGCGGAGGAGCCGCCGCUCGGGGGAGGGGGCAGCCCGGCCCCUAUAUCCGCCCCGCCCGGCGGCCGCCCCAGAACCCGCGGGGCCCGGCCCGAGCGCGACCCCCGCUCCCGGAGGGACCCCCAGGCCGGCCGGAGCCCGGCGGGACCCGCAGCCGGCGGGACCCCGAGCGCAGAGCGACCCCCGGGGCUCCGGCCAUGGGCCGCGGGCGGGCCCUGUGCGCGCUGCUCGCCGCCGCCCUGCUGGCCGCGCAGGCCUUCCCCCAGACCAACAUCAAGAUCAGCCAAGCCAUGCCUGAGCCUGUCCAUGCCUACUCCUGCCCGCUGUUCUGGACAGAGUACGAAGGGCACUGCUACCGCUACUUCCCCAUCAACAAAACCUGGGCUGAGGCCGACCUCUACUGCGCCGAGUUCUCCAUUGGCAUCAGGUCAGCCAAGCUGGCCUCCAUCCACAGCUGGCAAGAAAACGUCUUUGUGUACGACCUGGUGAACAGCCGCGUGCCCGGCAUCCCCACCGACAUCUGGACGGGACUCAACGACCUGCGGCAGGAGGGUCACUUUGAGUGGACAGAUGGCUCCUCCUACGACUACCAGUACUGGGAUGGCAGCCAGCCUGACGAUGGGAUCCACUCCAUCCCCGAGGAGGAGGACUGCGUGCAGAUCUGGUACAGACACAGCAGUGCACUGCGCUCCUGGAACGACAACGCCUGUGGCAGAGCCUUCCCCUUUGUGUGCAAGAUCCCCUCGCUGGCCCUGGACUGAGGCUGCUGCUGCUGCCCACACCCCCUUCAUUCUGGGCCACCUCUCCAGCUGUGCUGGGCUAGAACAGCCAGGACAUGGAUGGGCUGGCAGGG